AUGCAUUCAAUUGAUUCUGUCAGAGGUGGGGAUGUAGAAAAAAAGAAUGAGAGGGGAACCUUAAUUGUUAUCGAGGGGUUGGACCGCGCUGGCAAAUCAAGCCAGUGCGAAAUGCUUCAAGAAUACCUUAAGGCACAAGGAAAAGCUGUCCGAUACAUUCGAUUUCCAGACAGGACCACGCCCAUCGGGAAGCUCAUAGAUAACUAUUUACGCGGUUCGACCAACCAGGACGACCAUUCUAUCCACCUCCUUUUCUCUGCAAACCGCUGGGAGGUCGCAAAAACCAUUGAAGCAGAUAUUGCCAAUGGAACCACUAUCAUCGUGGACCGCUAUUCAUACUCCGGUGCGGUGUACUCGGCCGCCAAAGCAAACCCCACACUUUCACUCGAGUGGGCCUGGCAACCCGAGAUCGGUCUUCCUCUCCCAGAUAUAUGUUUGUUCCUUAGCAUCUCUGCCGAGGAAGCAGCAAAACGUGGUGGGUACGGUGCAGAAAGAUAUGAAAAUGAGGCAAUGCAGAAGCGCGUUCGUGAGCUCUUCAGCACUUUGUUCCAGAAGCAAGAAGAUAUUUCUAUCAUCGAUGCUGGAAAAACGGUCGACGAAGUAUCACAUGAUAUACAGGCCGUCGUUUCAGGCUGUAUGGCCGGCGCAACUGGCCCUUUGGGAACUUUAGGGCCCCUUAAGAAUUAA